ACACACAACAUAAAACAACACGAUGGCAACAUGUCCGCCCCGAGGCUUUCUUCUACUAGCAUGAGAGACCAACACAGGAAUACCCCACUGUUCCUGCUCCUGUUGUGGCUCCUCACAAACACCUGGACCAGAACAGUGUCAAGUCAAGAUGAGGUGAUUGAAGAAGAAAACCAAACUGUGGGAAAAUUCACAGACCAACAACAAGUCGUGGAGGACACGAAAACUUUCGAGCCAACAUCAUCCAGCCCCAAUGCUACUCCAUCAUCGGAGCUCUCAACCACCCAGGGCAGCGUCUUGGAUCCAGCCUCUGCACCAGGAGAGCUUGGCUCAGGAGUGGACAGUCCAGAAGUGAUUACAGAUAAUGUCAAUUUGCUGGACACGACCUUGAGCCCCCGGAAGGACGGAGGUCUCAGCAUCACCAUCAUCCUCAUCCCGGUGGCCCUGGUGGUCUUCAUCAUCGUCAGUGUCAUGUUCGCCCUCUUCCUCAGGCGCAGGUUCAAAAUGGAGGCGGCCGUUCGUGAGUCCACAAAGGAUGAUCCAUAUCUGGAUGGCUCCAGUACAGAGAAAGUACCAAUGCCUAUGUUUGAAGAAGACGUUCCUUCAGUGCUGGAGCUGGAGAUGGAAGAACUGGACCAGUGGAUGAUCAAAGAUGGUUGACGGCGUGGAAAAGCAAGCACAGCACACCCUGAAGUCAUAUUACAUUUCCCCAUUUUUUUUUUUUUUCUGUGGCUGUGCUCAUCUGAGGUCACGCUCUGGGAAACGCUGAAUUUCAUCCUGAUAAUCUUCAACGGACAGCAGCACCUCAUUCUAUAGGGUCAAAGAAAUGCAUCAAAACACACACAGUUCAUGUGGGAAAAAUAUUUUGGAUUCCUAGUUGCAGUUUGUGCUUGUGGCACUGAUCUCAAUGUGAAUGCAGUUUUGUUUUUUGAUGUUCUGUUGUUGUAAAUAUAUAAAUGGAUCACAGCCAAAGAUGUUAUUUUCUGUUAGUGCUUUUUGUAAAUAGGCUAGGUAUGAAAUGUUUAACUAAAUAAAAUGAUAUGAAGAUAUGGAUUUGUCAAAAUAACAAAUCUAUUCUCAAAUUUUGA